GGGCCUGCCCGCCCCCUGGGCGCUGCCGCCGGGCCUCGUCUGGCUGCCCUCAGCGCUGUACCGCUGCCCCGACAAGUCGGCGCUGGGAGAGGCGCGGUUGCCGAUGCCUCAAGCGCCUCACGGCCCGGUGCGCUGCACGCUGCGCAAGCACAAGCCCAACCGCAAGCCCCGCACGCCCUUCACCACGCAGCAGCUGCUGUCCCUCGAGAAGAAGUUCCGCGAGAAGCAGUACUUGUCCAUCGCCGAGCGCGCCGAGUUCUCCUCGUCGCUGCACCUCACGGAGACCCAGGUGAAGAUCUGGUUCCAGAACCGCCGCGCCAAGGCCAAGCGGCUGCAGGAGGCGGAGAUCGAGAAGCUGCGGCUGUCGGCGCGGCCGCUGCUGGCGCCCUUCUUCGGCGGGGCGCCGCCCCCGGGCCCGCCGCUCAUGCCGCCCUUCUUCGCGGCGGCCAUGGCGGCGGCGGGCAUGAGGGGGCCGCCCCCACUGGGGCUGUUCGUGCCCCAGGCGCAGCAGCACGGCAUUCUCGGCUCGCUGCAGCGGCACUGAUCCUCCAUCCUCCAAGCUGUGGCCCUGG